AUGGCAUUGCCAUGGCAUAUUCCAUUAGAGUCGGCACCUAAUUUAAAAGAAAAAGAAUCGCAGCCACAGCCAUCUUUGCUUAAACAUUACUGUAAUCUUAAAAUUCAUGAGAAUCCCAUUGAAGAAUUACAAACCGGCAUUAUGUGCAGUAUUGGGACAGAUAAUCGUGAACCAACCAUUAUUCAAAGACUAAUAGCAAGUGGUAUGACAGUAGCAAGAAUAGAUUUGAGAGAUCUGGAACCCGAUGCUUGUGCACAAUUGAUUCAAAGUAUACGGCAAGCUGUCUACAACUAUAGUGCUGAAUUAGAAUAUGUAUAUCCUCUAGCCAUUGUAAUGGAUGUACGGGGCCCUGAUAUUGUUACAGGAGAUUUAAAGUCAGGCCCUAAGGCUACGAUAGAAUUAGUUCAAAAUAAUUUUAUCAGAUUAUCGUCUGAUAUUAGCUGGCUAGAAUCUGGUACGUCUGACUGCCUUUAUGUAGGAUAUGAUAAUUUAACAGACUUGCAAAUAGAGGACAUAAUUUAUAUUGAUAGUUUAUCCCCUGGAAAAAUAAAGUUAGUAGUUUCUGAUGUAGGUGACGAUUCGGUAGAAUGUUCUAUAGCAGUUGGAGGUGUCAUAGGUUCAAAAAUGACUGUUAGAAUUGUUCAUGUCCCACAAGAAAUAGAUACUUUAGAAAAGGGGAAGGGCGAUAGCUUACAAACAAUUUCAUGUAGCAACACUUCGCAACAACUGUUUGAACAUAUGGAUGAACAAAUCGCAUGGGCAGUUGGUGCUGAUGUAGAUGCACUUUUAGUUCCAAGUGUACAAAGUUCCUAUGACGUUCGCCAAGUAAAAGAUAUAUUAUCUGAAAAAGGGAAACAUGUUCUUGUCUUUGCAUGCAUAGAAACAGUUCGUGGCUUAGAUAACAUUGAUGAUAUUUUAAAAGAAGCAGAUGGUAUUUAUCUCGACCGCUGCGUCUUGAGCACUGAUUUGCCUAUAGAAAAAAUAUUCAUAGCACACAAAGUCAUUUUAGCGAAAUGUAAUUAUAUUGGAAAACCAUGUAUAUGUAAAGCAGUCAUAAAUGAACAGAUACCUACAUUAAGUGUCACUGAUGUUGCUAAUCUCGUGAUUGAUGGUGUAGAUGUUAUAUAUUUAGAACUUAAUUACAAUUCACCGCUAAAUAAAUUUUCAAAAUCUUAUGAUUCUAUACGUAUGGCUGAGCAUUGUUUAGCUGCUGCAGCAGUAGUCAGUAAAGAGGCGGAGCGCGUAUUAUGGCAGCCAAGAAUUUAUGGUAAUAUGGAAUUAAUGCAAUGUCAGCUGGAGGAACCCACAAAAGCCGUAUGUCUUAGUGCUGUGGAACUUGCAAUGCGAUCACGAGCAGUUGUAAUUUUGUGCCUUACGAACUCAGGGCGAACUGCAAAAAUUCUUUCACAUGCUAAGCCACAUUGCCCAAUAGUAGCAGUUACUCGGGUCUGCCAUACUGGAAGGCAGCUGCGAUUUUGGCGUGGGGUAAGAGCGGUUCAUUAUUUUGAAGUUGUUGGAGGAAGUUGGAAUUCUGAAGUAGAAUCAAGAAUUCGGGCUGCUCUGGACUACUGUAAAACAAAACGUAUUCUUCGUGCCGGGGAUGCCUAUGUUACAGUGACUGGUUCGAGGCGUGGAGGCGGAUAUUGUGAUUCUGUGAGACUUUUAUAUGCUAGUGCUAGAGAAACGGUGCUUAUCGAUUGAAUUAUUAUUAUUAUUAUUAUGUUAAUUAAACAUUAUUAGAUCUAUAGUCUGUUAGUCUCUGAUCGCUAUACAUAAUUUUUGUUAAGUAAUGCGUUUUGCUGUUCGGGACUCCAUAGAUACUGAUCUCACUCCAAAAUAUGGAUAGCAUUAUUUGAUCGAUUAUAAUAUUUAAUAUUUUAUAAUUUAUGGAUUAUUAUAACUAUUAUACUUCCACCAUAUAUUUGUUUUAUUUUUUUUGGGGUAAUCAGCAAAAUAAUGCGCAAAAUGCAA